AUGUUGGAAGUUGUGGUUUACAAAGAUUGCGUUGAGGGCCGCCUGGCCACCCUUCUUUGGGGCUACGGAAAACUGACCAGUGCUACUCUUUCGUUCGCUCCCUCGAGGACGGGCAUGGUAGUAAAGGAAGAUGGGAAGGAAACGCCGAUGAUAUGGCCGACGCUUCUAGAACUGGCCGUUAAAGACGCACCCACCGAGUCUAUUUUAGUGCCGGCGACUGAGGCGCAAAAGGUGAGCGCGCUGAGGCCUGUAUUUAACUUUGCGUGUCAGAGGACGAUGUACUCGUGGAUCGAUUUCGCGUACCAGCGCGAUUUCAGCAUCAUGGAGUCAGCUUCCCUAAAGAUUUUGAAUGACUACAUUUUGAACCACACGUUUCUUGCCGGACCGACUGUCACCUUGGCUGAUUUGGUGGUCUACGUUUCCACACACAGCUGGAUGAUGAAGUCGGAGCCUCAGGACCGUGCGGAAUAUGUGAAUGUCGUCAGGUGGUUUGAUCACAUCCAGCAUCUGCCCGGCAUUGUGAACACCUUCAAGGAACUGCCGUUAGUGUCCGUUGACAAGGACAUGGAUGUCGUCACGGCGGUUAUGGAAAAGGCCACGGUAUCCGCUGCUGCCCCCGCACCUGCCGGCAAACAAGCCAAGGGUCAGAAGGGCGCCGCAUCUAAGAAGCCCAAGGAUCCCAAGCCGCCAGCUGACGACCGGCCUAUUGCCGAUGUGAGCCGUCUGAACAUAAAGGUUGGACAGAUCAUGUCCGUGGAGCGCCACCCGGAGGCUGAUAAGCUUUACUGCCUCAAAGUAGAUCUUGGUGAGCCCGAGCUGCGCGACAUCUGCUCUGGUCUCGUGGGCUACCUGGAGCCGGAGCAGAUAAUGUCGCAAUACGUCUGCGUCUUGUCCAACAUGAAACCCAAGAGUCUGCGUGGGAAGGUAUCCAACGGCAUGAUUCUGUGCGUUUCUGGUCCGGGCAAGACCGAGCUGGAGCUGCUCCACCCCGCUGAAGGUGCUCCGGUCGGCGAACGCAUCAUCAUCGAAGACUGCGUUGGCGAACCAGACGCCGUGCUCAGCACAAAGACCGGCAAAGACCCAUUCGUAGCGGUGCAACCAGAAUUCAACUGCAAAGAUACAGUGGCAUAUUACAAGGACCACCGUUUUAUGACGUCUUGCGGACCCUGCCGUUGCAACUCGCUGAAGGCAGGCACAAUAUCAUAA